GAGCAAGUUCAGUUGAGUUGCAGUUGCCGCGUCGAGCAGAUCGUACGGAAAUAAUCAAACUAUAUAUAUAUUAGAGUGCAAGCAACUUUGCAUAGACUGUACAGUGAUCAGUGAUCAGAAUUGGAGACAUAAUAUGUCCAAGCACAAUUAUACGAACCCGGCGUUCUGUCAGAACAGCGAGUUCUAUCCGGUACCGUCGGCGGCGGGUCAGCAACAAAGCCAACAGCAUGUGGAGUCCAUUUAUAAUCGCAGUUUGCAGCUGAAUUUUAAUGGACAGACUGCAGCAGCAAACCGUAAUCCGCGUGAGGGUCCGCUGCGCAUGCAACGCAGCAUGUCGACGCGUUCCUUCAAUGCGCCCCAAGCAGCGCGCAAGCGCCCACAACAUCAGCAGCAACAACAACCACAGAAGCAACAUCAGCAGCAGGCACAGACAUCAAGUGGUCGCUAUGCGCUUGUGCCGCUGGAGGAUUUGGCCAGUCAGGGCACUCUUAGCAAUCGCUAUGCCAUAGUGCCCGGCGGAGCAGCCUUGGCUGCGGCCAAACGUUAUGCCAAGUCGCAGGAUAAUUUGGAUCGUUAUGCCUCGCAACAGAACCUGCCCUACGAUGAGGAGCCGCACUCUUUUCACGAAGAGGAGGUGGAUGAGUUGCAGUUCACCAGCCUGCCGCCGCAGCUAAAUGUACAGAAGGCAGCGCCGAAGAUUAAACACGCCUUCUCCAGCGAUUUCGGCAGCAAGACAUUCCUCAUUGUGGACAAGAAUAGCAAUCAGCGCUAUCAAAUGGUGCCCACAGCCGAGAAUGAAGAGCUGGUCGAUGAGAAUCAGGAGAUCAUUCAAAUGCAUAAUGGACGAGCGCACCGUUAUGCCGUAAUCCCCACCGAGGGCGAUGAUGACGAUGACGCCGACGAUGACUUCGAGCCACAACAGGAGACCUGUCUGAGCCACACGGAGCUCAACCAGAGCCAGCAUUUUAGCCAGCUGCGCACUUCGAUGCGCACCUCAACACCACAGCAGGGCAAUUCUCUGCUGCAGCUGCCCACGCAGUCGCAGACGCCGUUGAAAAACGCUGCGGCAGCCACCAGAGCGUUGCACGAACUGCUUGCCACGCCACGCAAAAUGCAACCACCACCGCGUGCCGCUCUCUCCACACCCCGCAAUGCCGCUCACCACGAGCAGCUGCAGCGCGAGCGUCGCCUGCAAUUCUAUCAGAGUCAGCAGCACAUUAAUUACGUGGCGAGUGUGGCGCCGGCGAUGAUGCCCGCUUUGCCCCAACGGCAGGCCAAGCUCUCGCCCCAGCGGCUGCACUACGAAACCGUUAGACCCGCACCCCCACCCCCAACCACAGCCCCAGCAAUGGUCACAACCACAGCCCUAGCCGCACAACAAACAGACCGCACGAUGGCCGUGAUUAGUCCUCGUGUGGCUGGCGCCAAGUUGCAACCGCAUCAGGAACUGGAACAGGACUGCAGUUUUCAGGGCAAAUCAUACAGCAACAAGAGCUACAACCACAACAACAACAACAACUCAUAUCCACAGAAACUGGCAAACGCCACUGUUACACUCGCUGUGGUCUCCCUGAUGCUUGUCCUCGGCAGCACCAUGAAUGCCGGACUCAUCAUCUACAUGAUCGCACACUUUGGAAAGUCCUUUUUUCUGCAGUUCGGUCUAGUGGCCUCCUUUUGUGGCAUGGGACUGGGCUUUUUGGGAUUCCGUUCACGGCAAUGCGAUUGGCUGCCCAAUCGGAGCUACACCUCCGGCUACAUACUGGUGACCAUAUUCUGCCUGUUAAAGUGCUGUGGCCUGCUGGUUAUACUGGUGCUGGAUCCCUUUCCCGGUCUGCCACUGCACGAUGUCACCACAGGUGUUAUCCUUGGGCUGUCCACCUUCACGAUGUUCUUCAUUGGACUGGGCGUCAUCGGCAGCUUGUGGUGCUAUCGACCGCCACCGGACAAUCGCGUGAACGUCGUCUAA